AUGGCAGUGGCACGCGCCGUUCCCCUGACGACCGAAGAGACCAAAGCUCCGGUCCAUAAGGAGCCGACGUUUGCGGAGACAACCUUCAGCGUUUUCAAAGACUGGGUAAAGAAGGAUGUAAAGUACUUUGUGGAUCUAUUUGUUUUCAGCGGCGCCUUCUACUACUUGGAUCUGGUGUCUGAUAUGAAUACACUUUACAUUUUCUACCAAAAUGGCCAGCAUCGGUACCUGUCGAUCAACCUUGCCGCAGUUCUGGUUGCAAAUCUCUACGUCAUGCAUGACAUGCUGAAGGCCGUGACAGGGAAACGAGAUGACUGGCCAGGACCUGGAGAUCCCGCGCAUCGGAUUUUAUUGCUUGGCUUCUUGGUUCCUGUUUUUGGUCAUGUCGCCUAUUUGGUUUGGAUCUCGUGGCAGCUGGGAGAAAAGAAGAAGCACCCUUUGUUGCUUUGCUCCAAAGUGGCAGAAGCAGGGAUUGAGGCCGCGUUUUCUUCUGGAAUCCAGAUCUACGCACUCGUUUAUUCAACAUGGACUCCAGAAGAAUGGUGGUUCGUUGCUGCUUCUAUGCUGGUAUCCAUUGGGUCUAUGGCUUUUGCUUUUGCUGGCAUCGACCUACAAGAUGGUUUGAAUGGGAUACCUGGUUUGUUGAAGCAUUGGCUGAGUCCUGCCUUUGUCAUGGUUUUGACUUUUCGAUUUGCAGAAAUUUCAUCGCGUUUGUCAAGCUUGGCACUUUUCUCCGUCGCCACUCGCAAAGCAUUCCAAAGUGAUAAUUUCUUUGACGUUGCCGGGGUCUUCGAGCAGAUGUUGAACUUAAUACUUCUGACUGGAGCACCCUUAGUGCUACUUGUGGACUUGCUGGUGCUAUUCUGCUUGGUGGUCCACUUUCAACGGAGCAACAAAGCCAAUUGGAACUAUGCAAUUCCUUCGGUUCUUUGUUUCAUGAACCCUCUCUUGGAGCGCGGUUCUCCUUUUACAAUCCCUGCGUGGCUCUACUUCACAUGGCGCUGGGUGCAGUUAUUUGGCAUGGCUGGGGUGGCUUUCUAUUUAGUGGGCUCUGAAAGACUCAUUGCGGCCUUUGCUGAUGAUGUAAGAAUGCUUCAGUUCAGUGCUGGGACCACUAUAUUAUGGAGCAUUUUGCUGCCGUUGAUUCGGGUCUGCUGCGCGACGCAUGUCUUGUCAAGCUACAGUAAAGAAGUGCUGUGGACCGAACUUAAUGAUGGUCAGAAGAUGCUGUGGAAGGAGCUGAGGCGCCACAUGUUCCCCACUGAGAAGUCGCUUCGCUGUUUGCCCUGCCGCUCCAGAGACUUUGAGCCAUGUUAUGAAUCCGUUGGGGCGCAAUCUACCUCGACUAGCGAACUUCUUUUUGAAGCGCUCAGUAAGAACUGGUGCGAACAGAUCGAAGAAGCGCUCAAGGUCCUGUCUGAUGGCAAGGGGCGCAAGUCGAUAAAGCCUGAGGCUGACAACUUCAAAGACUACGAGCAGAAGUCCAUGUUCCCAUCGCUGUACCGCUGGAAAAUCUCAACACUUGAACUUGUGCAGCAUAAGGGAGCAGAAGCAGAAACACGUUUCUUGCGGUUGCUAUUUCUCAGUGCCAACACCUUGCAGCUGCCAAUGUGGGCUGGCGAAGGUCACGAGUUGAAGACGAUGCAACGGUGGGAAGAACUGUACCUGAAAUUGCUUAAGGAGAUGCAAUUUCUACUCAAGAGGCAUCCAGACAAAGAUUCUGUGAAAAAGCUGCUUUGCAAGAAUCUUGAGACAGCCAAGUGCAUCCUGAAGCUGAAAGUAGAGACCCGAGCCUCACCAAUGGAUGACGACAAGAUGGAUCAGGAGCGGCGUUUCGACAUUGGCAAGCACAAAGCAAGGAUCAUCGAAGAUUUGGCGGUCUAUGCUGCGAAUGAAGCCUCGGCCGGCAUUGAUGGCUACGACAAAGAGAUGCAGGAACUCCUAGGGAUUUUGUGCAACGAAAAGACCGAUGGCCUGUCCUUAGAGCGUGCAAAGAUUUUUGGGAAGGUUUGGCGAAGCUGCCUUCCAGAGGAUAGUGAUGAGAAGACCAGGAAGCUGCUUCGGUCAAAGACGUGGUUGGAUAUGUUGGAUGCUUUGCGCGAUGAUAUCUUGAGUGUCCUUGACAGUGUCGGAAAAAGUACCGACAGACCUGCAACGCACAAAGAAGUCAUGCUGAAGGACGAUGGCCAUGCCCCAGUGACAAGCAUAGUUGACUCCAAGAUGCAGAAGGCAUGGACCGAGACAGUGAGGGACGACAUCAUCAAGGCAUGCGCAGUGCUUGAAGAGAAUGCGAUUCUAGCUUCAUUGAACACAUCCGAACAGGCUAAAAAGAACAUAAAGAACGAGGAGCUCUUGGAGCAGUUUUUGAAAGUGCAGACAGACUAUGUUGAUGCGAUCAGUGAAGACAUAAAAAAGAUAGAAGGUGAGCUUCAAGUGAAAGAGCGUAGAGAACAGCACAAGAAGAACAUCUUUGAUCGGCUCAGUGGGAAGAUUGACAAAGAGGUGACAUUUGCGUCUGCAUCUGGUGGCAAGGGCAGCAUGGCAGAUUGGAAGAAAAGAGUAAAAGAGAUUUGCAGCAAAGUGAAGGACCCGACUGGCAAGCUUGGCAUUCCUUUGCCAUCGUAUUGGUCUGGAGGACCAGCAUUCGAGGAGUGGAACAAUUUGAGGGAAAAGUGCGCGUCUUUGCAAAAGCGGCUAGAACGCGCGAAAGAGAAACUUGCACAAAACGAAGCACUGCAGCAGAAGGAGGAGAAAGUGUAUAUGUUAAGUGCAAGAAUGGACAACUUGCUCCUCCUCUCCCAGGAGCAUCGCAAGGUGCCCGUGCUGAAAGUCGCUAUACCUUUGGAGAACCAGUUGGGAUUCUGGGCAAAAAUCCAAGACAGUGACAAUUUUCAAGACAAGUUUGUGACCGACCUUGCAACACACCUGUGCGUCAACGAAACGCACUUGCACCUCCGAAAUGUUUGCCAAGCGACUAGCUGCAAAAUCACAGCUCGAUGUGUUGCGACUAAAGCCGGCUUCGAAUCAUUGCGAGCCAAAUACGAUAGAGAGACCGAUGACUAUCGCUGUGACCUGCCGGGUGAUAGCGAUUUUGCCGACUUGGGGUGUGCACUCAUAUUGCGCCGAUUCUGUCGCGAGGAUCGCAGCUUUCAGUUGGUUUUCGAGGGCUCCUUUGAAUGCGAGCUAGCAAACGAUCAGAAUCUUUUUGAACGACUCGAGGACGCUUUGAACGUGGAACGUCCGUUUGAAAGCCUGAAAAUUGUGGAAGUGAAACCAAGCGGAGAAGCGGAGGCUGGUUUGUGUCCAGAAGGCCAUUUGCUGGUCCCUUUCGGCACUAGCAGGGACAAUGGUUGGGGCUGUGAUGGCAGGCAUGAGGAAGGAGGCUGCCUCAGUGGCAUCACUGGCUUUGGACAGAGUGCGGGCAUCAACCGCUUUUGCUGCAACCGAUGUGACUUUGAUUACUGCGAGAAGUGCUAUAUCCGCCGAGCCGGGGCAAAGCACUGCAGCAAUGGACAUCCAUUGAUUCCAUUGUGCACAACAAAAAACACUGGCUGGCUUUGCAACAAGAUAGACGAGGGAUGCAAGCGAGGGGACAAAACGAAAGGUGUCAACAGAUAUCGUUGCGAAGAAUGCGACUACGAUUUGUGCGAUAUUUGCCACCAGGCAAAUGCCUUGUGGUGCUGGGCAUACUGGUUGAGAAGCGAUGAUGAUGAAGACAUCAAGGAAUUGCUGGUGGAAGCAAACUGCAGACCUGAUGCUGACCACGAAACCGUGUUCAACUGCCAAAUUGAGUUGGAAGCGGAUACUUCUGAUGAGGACGAGGAGGAUUGUGAAAACGGACGAGACGCCGAUGAUCGCCGCAGCGUUGGAUCUUCUUCGACAUCUUCACCUGACAGAGGCUUCUAGGCAAAGCAGUGUGACUUGCAUCCACUGUAUAGAGAUGUCAGGAGAUGCAUGUCAGUCGCCAUGAACUGCGACAAUCAUGGCGUGGCAAGGCUUUAGCGCAAGAUGUCAAGGAUGUCAAAGGAACAUCUGUGUCAAACUAUUCCAAAGUUUCGGGAUGGCAGGGAUCAAAAUCUGGUCCUCCAUGCUGGCAAGAUUGACC